AUGUCUCUCGAGAAUACCGGACUUCUUGUCGAGCCUAAGCCACUCCGCCCAUUGAGACCUAUUGUUCAAUCUACCGAAGCAAACCCUAGCAGGCAGGGCACACCCGUCGAUAUGGACGGUCUGAGCUGGCCAAGCAAGGGAGCCAGAGAUCGCCGAGACGAGUCCGAAGAGGCAAAGGCGGAACGUGUCCGCAAGAUUGCCGGUGCUGUUGAGACCAUAUUGACUUGUAUCGGUGAGGAUUCUGAUCGAGAAGGCCUUCUCAAGACACCGGAGCGAUAUGCAAAGGCUCUUAUGUUCUUCACAAAGGGAUAUGAGGAGAAUAUUAAAGAUGUUCUCAAUGCAGCUGUUUUUGAAGAAGACCACGAUGAAAUGGUUAUUGUUAAGGAUGUUGACAUUUUCUCGCUCUGUGAACACCACAUGGUUCCGUUCACAGGCAAAAUAAGCAUCGGCUAUAUCCCUAACCGCCGUGUGGUUGGUUUAAGUAAAUUGGCACGGAUCGCAGAGAUGUUCUCUCGGAGACUUCAAGUUCAGGAGCGAUUGACCAAGCAAGUUGCCACCGCAUUGAUGGAAAUUCUUCAACCACAAGGUGUUGCCGUAGUGGUUGAGUGCUCACAUUUGUGCAUGUGUAUGCGUGGUGUACAGAAACCUGGAAGUGCAACUACUACAAGCUGUAUGAUGGGUGUAUUCAGAAGCAACCCGAAAACCCGCGAAGAGUUCCUUACUCUUAUAAGACGCUAA